AUGGUUUCAUACGCUGCCUUUCUCGUCGGCCAAGCUUCCGCCUUUCUCCGGGAACUGUACGGACAGGGAGCUCGAAAGAUAGUUCACCUGAGUGCAUUAACGACGGGAUGUACCCCAGCCUUCAGAACUUUGCUCGGCGGAGUACAGAGGCAAUGUUCCGACGAGUCCAACGAGCUGGCCGUGAUGUUCAACGAGAAGCUCAGCGAAGAAAUUCAGCGACUGAACGAUGACGUUUCGCUUCCUGACUUGAGUGUCCAGUUUGUUGACGUGUACACGCCUUUUUUCGAUAUCAUUAGGCGUCCUGAAGAUUAUGGGUUUGUUGUGACGAAGGAGGGGUGCUGUGGGACAGGAAUUAUAGAGUUUGGAUUUUUUUUCAACCGAUUGACCCCUUCUAGUUCUACUUGUGCGGAUACUUCAAAGUACAUUUUUUGGGAUAGUCUUUAUCCCACAGAAAAGGUCUAUAAAAUCUUUAACUUCUGUUAUCAUGAAAGACAUAAAUAG